GCAAUUUCAGUCGAUCUCCGCGUUGCAGCGUUGCAUGAACUCAAUCAAACUCUCUCGUGCGAAACAGAAAGUUGAACAAAAAGAUUAUAAACUUUUUUUGGUGAAUGCCUUACGGAAAUAAUUAGUGAGGAAACGGGCAACAACAACAACAGCAACUAAAACUAUAACAUUUGAAACAAACAAACAAAAAACAUCUAAAAUAAAAACGGAACUGGGAAAAAAUUCCCCAAAACGCAUUCGAAAUUGUAAAUUGAACUUUUAUUGAAUAGCAUUGCCAAUUGGUGUCAAGCGCGGCCUAGAAAAAGAAAUAAACUACCCGAUAUACAAAUUCCGAGCACGUUGCAGACAACAGACAACAUUACGCAAGCAACAACAGCGACAACAUUUAAACAGCUGACUUUCGUUCAAUGAACGGUUAAAGAGCCAAAAGUUACACAAAUGCAGAUAGGGAGCUCCUCCACCCAUUAGCAUUACCACUGCCAUUCAUUCCCAUUCCAAUUUGACUCUUCAAUGUGAGUGCAUCUCGAGGGAGAGAGGAGAGCUUUGACAACUGAACUUGAAAGUGAAAGUGAAAGAGAGAAAGAGAAGCAGCUGCAGAUAGGAGACAGAUCGAGCACGAUCAACAGAGAGAGAGAGAUAGAGGCUUGAACGAAGCGCUUAGAGCUUUGAGCUUAGAGCAGCGAUUAGAGAUUAAGAGAGUAAGAGAGAGUGUGCUACCUACCGGAAUAAGAGAGCAAAGGAAAGACAGCAGAAGCUGCCGAAUAAGAGAGAGAGUGUUACAGUUGCAGCUGCUUUUGCUGGAGUGCCAACAUCUGGACAUCUCAGAGCAUCAGCCAAGGUCAGCCACCAAGAUCCACCCAGCAACAUGAGCAAUCCCCAGGAGACGGAGCACACGUACGCGGUAAAGGCACCUCACGCCGGCGAGCAGGGGCACACUUUUGUUGUGAGUCCCGUGCCAGCAUCAGCAUCAGCGUCAAUGCCAAUGCCAAUGCCAGCGCCUAUUCCAUUGCCAGCUGCUCCCAUUCUGACAGCUGUGCCCGUGAUGAAGCCCCGGGAUCCGCCGGCAGCCGAGGAUAGGCAGAUGGAAGACGAAGAUGAGCAGCCCUGUUGCAGCUCCCAGGCGAUAGUGCCACUCUCAUCAUCGCUGCCUUCGAAACUGUUGCGUUUCCACGCCAAACGCUCGGCCCAGGCACUGCUCCACCAGAUGGAAUCGCUGGACUCGCAGCUGGGCAGCAGUGGGGGAAGCUUAUCGGAGGACACCGCGCCCAGUGCCCCGCCUAUGUCGCCGCCAAACGGCGACCAGCUGCUGGUGGACGUGGGCAUGGGCUCCUCCAUUGGCGACUCCGAAGAAUCGGAGGAGGACGAUGAGCUGAAGCCCCUGGCCGUGGACAAUCACAUUAUGCACGAGGUGGAUCUGUCCGAGCGCCAAACUACACCGCCGGCCGUGCUCAGCGAGGCCAAUCUGGAGAAGUUCCGCAAGCACCAGAUGGACAACAUCUACCUGCAUCCGAACUUCACCAUGGACACGUCUCCACCACCAGCUGUGGCCCCCGCCAACUCGCCCGUGCCAGAGCCGCGCAGGGAGCACCGCUCGUUCCUCGCCUUGAAGAAGGAGAAGGAGGUGGAAGAGAGAGUCGCGGAGAAGGGAAUGGACCCAGUGGAGGAGGCGACCUCCCAACUGCCCAACGAGAUCGACAACAUGGAUCCGUCGCUCAUUCCGAGCGAGGAGCUGGCCGCAGAGAUCACCGACGCCGUGGAGUUCUACUUCUCCAACGAGAGCAUCCUCAAGGACGCCUUCCUGCUGAAGCACGUGCGGCGCAACAAGGAGGGGUACGUGAGCCUUAAGCUGGUGUCCAGCUUCAAGCGCGUGCGCCAGCUGACCCGCGAGUGGAAGACCGUGGGGGAUGCAGUGCGUCGCAAGUCGAGGAAGAUCGAGCUGAACGACCAGGGAACAAAGGUGCGACGCAUCGACGCUCUGCCCAGCUUCGACGAGACGAUGCCCUCGCGCACCAUCGUGGCCUGCGAUCUGCCCAUGGACAAGCUGACCAUCGAAAAGGUCUCCGAUUUGUUCUCCCGGUGCGGCGAGAUCGCCCUGAUCCGCAUCCUCAAGCCUGGCAUGGCCAUACCCGUGGAUGUGCGCCAGUUCAUGAACAAGUAUCCGGAGCUGCAGCAGAAGGAGUGCGCCCUGGUCGAGUAUCUGGAGUCCUCCUCCGCGCGCGACGCUCGCCACCUGAGCGGUCCCUUCCAGGUCUACGAAAUGGUUGCACCCAAGAAGAAGACGGGCAAGAAGGCGGCCGUCAUCCAGAUAGCCGCACCCGUCGCCCGCAUGGUGGAGAACUAUCGCUACUACAACGACGCCAGCUACGAGAGAUCGCGCGGCGGCAGCUUCUCCGGCCACGAGACCAUGCCGGACCUGCGAUUCAAGCUGAAGCGCAACAAUUCGGACUUCCAGCAGAGCUUCUACCAGGCGGCAGCACCGCACUUCCACGGCGGCCAUGGUAAUGGCAAUGGCAAUCCCUACCAGCACUACCAGCCCAGGGGCAGCAUCGGAAACCAGGAGAGCGGCGCUCCGGCUGGUUUUUUCUCCUAUGCACCCAGACGGUACAGCAAUACGUCGACCAUCUCCGCCAACACGGCGGCUGCCUUGGGCGAUGCCUUGCCCUCGCCCUCUGCUGUCGUCGGUCCGCCCAGUGCCAGUAAUCCGGUGUCCAGCAUGAGCAGCCUGCAGCGGCGUCUGUCCAACUGCUCGGAUCAGAACUACAGCGCGGAGGCGAACGCCCCAAUGUCCCGCAGGACGAGCAACUGCUCGGAGACGGGGGCUCCGCAGCGGCGGGACUCCAACUGCUCGGACAGCUGUCCCUGCUCGAGGAGAGUCUCGGACUUUGGACAGGCAGACACGGCCUACCGCAAGACCUCCGUCUGCUCGAAUGGCAGCUGCCAGGGCAACAGCGGGGAGCGGCGCUUCUCCAACGGAUCCAUGCAGUUCGAGCGCACCUUCUCGAACGCCAGCGAGAGCAACGGCUUCUAUCGCCGUCCCUCCAACGACUUCAACUUGGAGCGCGAGCCGAUACCCACCGAUCAGAUGGUGGGUGGCGGUGGAGGCGGCUACCAGGUGUGGCCGCGCCGCUACUCCAACAAUUUCCAGCAGCUGAGCAACAAGCUGGCGGCCUACGACAAUGCCCAGUACAUUGGAGGACGUCGCAUAUCCUCGGACUCGGGCUACGAUCGCCGCUACUCCUUCGGAUCGGAGUUUGAGGGAUCGCCGCGCUCCCGCACUGGCAGUUUCCUGAGCAACUACAAACAUGGCGGCGGCGGCGGCGUCGAUUUAUACGAUGGACAGCCGCGAUCUCGCACUGGCAGCUUCCUGGACGGAUCACCACGCUCCAGGUCCGGGUCCUUUGCACAGCGUGCCGCAGAGAGCCUCGUCCGCACACCCAUAGGUCCGGAUGGUAGCAAGGGUUUCGGACAGCGUGCCAGGAAGUUCGGCCAGGAUGUGUCCCCCGUUAACUAGACCAUGCGGCUGCGUGGGGCGUGGAUUGUUUGUUGAUUAGUUUUAGUGGGAACUCUUUGUCUACUGCUCGUACUCGUACUCGUACUUGUUUGUGAAAUUAAUGGCUGUACACUGUGAUGCUGUCCACCCUUGUAUAUGUAU